UCUGGACUGCGGCGGCGGCCACACGGGUGCGAAAAAUUUGCUGCCGGGCCUUGAUCGAAAGACUUUUUUUGGCGGGACUCGGCGGCGUGUGCUCGCGCUUGUCCUCAACCGAGACCGUCUUUACCGGAGGUCCCGCUUGGGCCGUUUUGUGCUAACGAGGAGGAAAAAGUUUGCAGGAUGCGGACGCACCCGGUGGGCCCAUGGCUGGUGCUGGUUCUUCUCGCGAGCGAGGCGGCGCUGGGUGCGCGCGUCGGGAGCAAGCCCGGCCUGGACCUGUCCGACCUGUGGAAGCGGGGCCCGCUGUCCCUUCGCAGCCGCGCGGGCCCGCUGCCCUCGCUCAGCAUGCACAACCGGGACCACAUGCCUUCACUGUCCAUCGUCUCACCGCUGGACGUGCUGCGUGACAAAAUGAUGCAGGACAUCAUUGAGCGCAGCAUCAAGAACAAGAUCCAGGCCAACGACAAAAUUCUCAAAGAUCUGGGAAAGCGCAGCGCGCCACAAGAUAGCCUGCUACAACGCACCGACGACGACCGGUCGUCCUUCAAGGAAUCAUUCUCAGAAGAACUUCUCUGAAGGUCGUCUCACAUGGACAAAAACUGAACUCUAGGAACUCCGGGACGUGAAAAAAAAAUUGCAACAAGAAAACCAUUUAACCCUUGUGGAAUCGUUUAAAUAACAGGGUUUCUUUCCCUUCUUUGCUCAGAAA